CUCUAUAGAAAAACCAAAGAAGAAGCACUUGUUUCUAUUAAGAGUUGCAUUUACACCCCAGUACCAGAAAGUCAUACUAAGAAUGAUCCUGCCUGGUCUCUUGGACGAUGGCAAGCGAUGAAUUCUGACAGUUCGUUCGAUGAUGAGUCCCCUGAAAACGAAUCUGAUGUUCUUCAAGUAUACAAUGAGGCACUCAGUAACAUUGCCUCGCUUUCGGGAAAAACUGUGGAGCCCCUGACUUUCCGACUUAACUCCGAGUGGGAGGAGGCGACUAAGAAAGAAAAAGAACUUUGCAUAGAGCAGGUGAACGAAGCAUGUCGUGCUGUUUGUGACGUCAUUGCUCCAAAGGACAGUGAUAAGCUGUUACGAUCAUUUCAAGAAUCAAGAAGGGAAGUAGGUUUGUCUAGCGACCUCAAAGCACUAGUAACUGCAUAUCAGCAAGCACCAUCAAGGAGCCUUAAAAUCCAGAUACUCAGCAUCUAUGCUACUCGUUUCCCAGCCCAAUACUUGAAGAAAAUACACGAACCAUUUGAAAAGCUUAGCGACCGACAGAUAAAAAGAGCAAGAUCGCACGCCAAAAUUGUUGGAGUUGGACUGUCCGUUGAGAAACCGCUGCGCCACCGGGUGAAAAUUGAUUUGGUGAAGUUGGAUCACUUUCUGUCUUUUGUCAACCAGCCGUACUUCUACCAAGACGUGGCUUAUGGAACCAGGACGCUGAAGCUAGAUUCAGGAGAAGAGUUACUUAUGCCAAAUGUUAUCAGAAUUGUUGCGAGGUCAACGAUGAUAGAGCAGUAUUUAAAGCAUUGCAGCGAAGAUCACUUUGAGCCUCUUUCGAGAUCGACGCUGUUUAGAAUAUUACAAGUCAGAGAAGCUUCCCAAAGAAAAUCACUUCAAGGACUGGAUAACAUAGCUGCAGGAGGCGCUGAAGCGUUUGAAAGUGUGCGCAAGAUAGUAGAUGGCUUGAAAAACUGCGGCGCAAGUGGAACUUGGUGCGAUGAAGUGCAAAAUAAACUUAAAAGUGGAAAGCGCUACCUCAAGACAGAAUAUAGAGUGCAUUGCCGUGAAGAAGAAAGCUUAUGUGCUGAUCACUGCAGAUACUUUGCUCUUAGUGACUUACAAGAUCCAGAACUCAGCGAACAUUGUCCGCAUCAACAUCAAGUGCGCUGUAUCGAGUGUGAGCAACUGAAAGUAACAUUAAAGUCCAUCGCUGAUGAGAUUGAGUCGCCUUCCAUUAACUAUUAUAGCGGUGAACAGAAAGACGACUUCAAGCAUGACCUUGCCCAAGCCCAAGAAAUGAUUUUUCAAUGGAAGUCUCACAUUUUAAGAGCAGAGAACCAAGAGCGGGCAAAGCAAGAUGUACUAAAAUCUCUCCAGGAUAACUCGGUAAUGGUCGUAAUGGAUUGGGCCAUGAAAUUCUUACAGAUAAAAUAUCGAGAAAAGCAAUCCGAGUGGUUCGGUAAGAGAGGAAUCAACUGGCAUGUCAGUUGCGUUAUUUCGAAGAAUACAGCAGAUGACAGCCUCCAGGUUCAGUCAUACGUCCAUUUAUUCGAUAGCUGUGCACAGGACUGGUACACCGUUUGCUCAAUUUUGGAGCAUCUUCUCACAAUCAUCAAGGAAAAGAAGCCAGAAGUCAAUCAAGCCUUCUUGCGCUCGGACGGAGCGGGCUGCUACCACAACAACAGUCUAAUUGCUGCUGUCCACGACCUUGGUGUUCGAGUAGGAGUAAAAGUUAUGAGGUAAACGAAGAGGUUGUCUUAUGGUAAAAUAUAAAAAUAAAUUACAGUUCACCCUAAAACUGAGUCAAAGCAUGCAGCCAGUUUCAAACUUCUCCUUUACCAAUUUAGAAGGAAUCGACUACAAGUUGCAGUUGCGGCAAGGUUAUAAUUAAUGAACGAUUACGCACACUGCACACAAGAUAUAAUGAAAUACUGACUGCCAACCCAAAGAUUCAUUUAUCAUUUUUAGCGAAAACAAUUGAUAGAUGAUUGCAGCAAACCGCUUGAAAAUUCUGAUCUUUAAAAAAUUACUAGUUAUAUGAUAUCUCGCUUUUCCCUGAGUAUUUUUUCUGUUUUGUCGAAAAAGUACUUACAGCCCUAAUGCCAGCUGAACGUAGCUAGAUUUCUGGUGGUCCUUCGUAUUAUACGUAUACAGUUUAAGAUUAAACAGUUAGAACUCGGGCCUUGUAACGCUUGUAAUGUAGGUUCAAUUAUAUUAGAAAAGUACGGCCAAGGUAGCUGCGGCUUUAUUUUUAAUUUUAGGUAUGACUUUUCGGAACCUCAAUUUGGCAAAGAUGUCUGUGAUCGCAUCAUCAGCCCAAUAAAGGGGGCCAUUCGCCGUUACUGCAACGAAGGACAUGAUAUCCUGACAGCAUCCGACAUGCACGAGGCGCUUAAGGCAAGGUAAGUAAAGGGAACAACUGCUGCUGUUUGCCAAGUCUCCCAAACAACCCAUGAGAUAAAAGUCGACCGCAUCAGUAAUUUCAGUAGCUUCCACAAUUUUUUUUAUGAAGAAGAAGGGCUUCGCAUUGUGAAGGCGUAUGGUGUCGGUGUGGGUAAACUUAUUCCAUGGUCACAGCUUAUCCGUCGCACACAAGGUCCUACAUCAAUAAAGGAAGUUCAUAAUCAUGAAUUUUACCCCUUGGCAUCUAGGGCUAUUAAGGCGACUCCCAGCGACGAUGAAGGCGCUCGUGAUAACUCUCUUUUCAUGUGUCCCGAGUCCUGCUGUUCCAGGGAGUUCUCUACAGCAGAGGAACUUCAAGACCACAUUCAUUUUGGUGAGCACGACAUGAAAGUAAGCCCCGAGAGCAUGUACGACCGUCUUAAGCGCGAUUGGGCAGCAAAGUUUCUAUCUGUAACACUUGAAUCAAAAUUGUCGUUCACCGCUGAAGAAGCAACAGGCAGCGAGCAAUUACAGGAAGAACCUUGUGGUUUGGGUUGGGCGCUACAAAAACCAAGAGGAGGAGGUGCUAGGUUUUCUGAAAAUGUAAAAAGCUACCUCACAGCAAAAUUUGACCUUGGUGAGGACACAGGUAGAAAAGCCGAUCCUACCCAGGUGGCUGCUGACAUGCGGGUAGCAAGAAACACUGAUGGUGAGCGUAAGUUUCAAAGGAGUGAAUGGUUGACGAAGAGCCAAAUACAAGGAUUUUUUUCACGGCUUGCAGCCAGCAAAAGGCGGACGAACAAACAAGAAUUGGAGGAUGACGACGAUCAUGAUGACAGCUUUGAUGAAGAUGAAGUGGCAUACCUUGCCGAAAAGGAAAGACAUAUGGAAGUAGAGGAGGUUGUCAGCAAAAUAGGACUUGUUCAUCCUAUAACACAUGAUGGCUAUGACAUCUGCGAGCUCGCAAAAUUGGAUGCACUCUCUAACUUAACCGUACCUAAACUUAAGGCCAUCUGUGUGAACCUAGACCUUCCUUUUAAGGCUAAGGACGUUAAGACCACUUUAAUUAACAAAUUAAAGGCAGCUGUCAAGGAAUGUGAAUGCCACAAGUAA